AUGCCCACACCUAUGACGCCUGUCAAGGUCGGCGCUUUAGCCUGCCAGAGGAACUCAUUUCUCUUCGAUGGGUUCAAAACACUGGUUGUUUCUUGCGAACCAACGAAGAAUAAAAAGGGAGAGAUUGAAGGUUAUGAGAUUGAACUACAAGAUACUAUUCUGUUCCCCGAAGGUGGGGGCCAACCAAGUGAUUCUGGUUUUUUGAAAAUUGUUGAAGGGAAUCGUAAUUCGUCGAAAAUUGAGAAGAUAUUAGUUUCACACGUUUCUCGUUUCGGUUUACAUGCAAAGCAUCAUGUCAAUGACUACAUUGAGCCCGGAACAACAGUGGAAGUGGCCGUGGACGAGCAAAAGAGAAUGGAUUAUAUGCAACAACAUACUGGUCAACACUUGUUAAGUGCCAUUCUGGAACGCAACUACAAAGUAGACACUGUAUCUUGGUCGAUGGGUGGUAUCAUCACAAAGAAAAAACCUGUUCUAGAGCCUAGCGACUAUUUCAAUUAUAUAGAGUUGAACAGGAAAUUGACUCUCGACGAAAUAACGAACGUAUCAGAUGAGAUUAAUCAGUUGAUCAUCAACUUUCCUCAGGAAAUUAUUGUAGAGGAAAGAAUCGGUGAAGAAACAGUAGAUGAAGUUAGUACAUCCAAAAUUCCAGACGAUUACGACCUCUCCAAAGGUGUUCUACGUACUAUCCACAUCGGUGACAUUGAUUCUAACCCAUGUUGUGGUACACAUUUGAAAUGUACCUCUCAAAUAGGUUCCAUUUUAAUUCUUUCCAAUCAAUCAGCCGUAAGAGGUUCAAACUCAAGGCUCUAUUUCAUGUGUGGGAAGCGGGUUUCUUUGUAUGCAAAAUCUGUUAAUAAAAUUUUACUGGAUUCUAAAAACUUAUUGAGUUGUUCAGAAACUCAAAUUUCUGAGAAGAUAACAAGGCAAACCAAACAAAUUCAACAAUUAAAUAAAAGAGAACAGUAUUGGAUAAAGAGAUUAGCACGUACCGCUUCUGAAGAAUUAAUGAACACACUGAAAGCCAGUGGAAAGAAAAGGGCUUAUUUUAUGGAAGAAGAAUACGGAACAUUGGAACUGUUGCUACAGAUCCACAAGGAAGUAUCUAAUUUUUUGAAAGAUGAUACAGAAGGUUACGAAAUUAUCCUAUGCGGUUAUGAAAGACAAACGAACACUGGCUCACUGCUAAUUCUUUCGGAAUCGGGUGAAAAAAUUGCCAAUUUGGCUGCUAACUUAGGUUCGAUACUACAAAACCUAAAAGGCGGUGGUGGUAAGAAAGGUGGCAAGUGGCAAGGUAAAAUUACAUCCAUUUCGAAUGCCGAGUUUGCCGCCCUCUCUGAUUAUUUAAGCCAUGAUUUCGCAUCAUGUUGA